UUUUUUCUUGUCUCAGGAGUUUGAUUUUGACCAAUUGGACGAACUCUGCGACAAACUGAACGCACUGGCCACAGACUGUAACAAGCACAGAGCCAAGACGGACAAGAAAAAGCAACGAUCUGUGUUCAGGGACGUUCUCAAGGCUGUUGAGGAGGGCGACUUCCAGUCCGAGACCAUUCGAUUUGGGACCGAGCGUAUGACCAUUGACAGCUGGGUCAGAAAGAGGAUGUAUGAUGCCUUCAGGGAGUUUGUGGGCUCUGGAAUGAACUAUCACCUGCAGGCCAAUGAAUUCAUCCGAGACGUGUUUGAACUGGGACCACCUGUUUUGGUUGAUUCGGCAACGAUGAAGGCUAUGAAAAUAUCUCGUUUUGAGAGACAUCUCCACAACUCGGCAGCAUUCAAGGCUCGUACUAAGGCCAGGAACAGGUUCAGGGACAAGAGGGUGGAUGUCGGGGAGUUUUAAUCUCUAUUUUUGUUAGAUUGUAAAAACCUAUUUAUUAG